GGGCAGGGGGACAAUAUUCAGUAUUGAAAGCAUGGUGUAAUGGUUUCAGUGCUGGACUAUACUCCAAAGACCAGGGUUUGGUUCCCAUCUCAGCUACGAAACCCACUGGGUGAAUUUAUUAGGCAGCAAAAAAAGUGGGACACAGAGGACUAAUCAGAACUAUCCUUACCAAAUCAGGUCAGGUGGAAGGUAUGGGUGGGCCACCCUGGCUCUGGGGUCACCAGGUAAUGGAAUAAAAUUAAAAUUAAAGUUGUAUUAAACCAACCAAAGCCCAGCAUCCUGUUUCUACAGUGGCCUACCUGUUACGCAGUGAGAGCCCCAUGUAAUAACAUAUUUCGUUCAUGUUCCUCAGCAAGUGCCAUACUGAGACACACCGCCUUUGGAAGUACCACCGGGACUAGUAACCACCAUGAUGAAAGAAGAUACUGAAGUCAGACAUGCAUGGAUCCCCGGAGCAAGCCAGCUUUCUUCACUGAGAAAACCAUGGAGUCCUCUAUCAAAUAUAUUAACAAGAAGUUCCCCAACUUGGAUACAAGAAGCAUCACGCAACACUUGGGUCCAGUGCACAAAGAGAAAGCAGAUAUUCUCCGGGCUCUCGCUGCCUACUAUCACACCUUUGUGGAUGUAAUGGAAUUCCGGGACCAUGUCUAUGAACUGCUGAACACUACUGAUGCCAGCCAGUGCUACUUUGACAUUCAUGUGAAUUUCGAUUUCACCAAGAACUACCUUGACCUACUUGUUACCUAUGCAUCUGUCAUCUUACUCCUUUCCCGCAUUGAUGAUCGCAAGGCCCUGAUUGGUUUGUACCACUGUACCCAUGAGAUGAUCCAUGGAACCAGCGAUGCCAGCUACCCUCGUUUGGGUCAGAUGAUCCUGGAAUACGAGAAUCCCUUGCGCAAAUUGAUGGAGGAGUUUGGACCCCACACCAAGGCUGUGAGCAACGCACUUCUCUCAUUGCACUUCCUCUUUGCCCGAAGAAACCACUCAGCUGAUCAGUGGCGAAGUGACCAGCUCUUCAGUCUGAUUAGCAACCCUGCAGGCAUGCUAGCUCCUGUCAAUUCUGACACUAUGGCCUGUGAAUACCUAUCUCUGGAGGUUCUUGAGCGAUGGAUUGUGAUUGGAUUCUUGCUGUGCCACAGUUGCUUGGGUUCAACACAGAGCUGCCUGGAUCUGUGGCGGGCAGCUCUCCGGGGUUCACUGUACAUCACUCUAGUGCGGGAUGAAGUGCUUCCUGUUCACAAGGUCACAGAGGAGGCCUUCAGUGGUAUCAAAGGCUAUGGAAAACGUAUAGCUGAUAUCAAAGAAUGUAAAGAGCAUGCCGUGGCACACAGUGGGCAGUUACAUCGAGGACGGCGUAAUUUCCUGAGAAAUGCUGUGAAGGAGAUGGAGGCCAUCCUGGCCAAUGAACCUGGGCUUCUGGGGCCAAAGGCUGUUUAUAUCUUCAUGGCCCUGUCAUUCUGCCGUGAUGAAAUCACUUGGCUAUGCCGACACAGUGAGCAUGUCAGCAAGAACAAGAACCCAGAGGAAUUCACUGACAGCUAUCUUGCUGAGAUUUUGUUUCUGAUGGAGAAGCUCCGCAACUUGGUCCGGAAGCACCAAAAUGUCAUCCAGCGCUACCACGUACAGUACUUGUCACACUUUGACGUCCAGGUGCUCAGUGACAUCAUCCAGGACCUGACUGUGUGCCCUGAGGAGGAGUCAGUGAUUAUGUCAUCUUUUGUGAGCUCACUCUCAUCCUUAACCAUCAAGCAAGUUGAUGAGAAGGAGAAAUUUGAUUUCACUGGUCUGCGGCUUGAUUGGUUCAGGUUGCAGGCCUACACCAGUGUCACAAAAGCCCCAUUGCAGCUGAGGGAGAAUCACGACAUUGCCAAGAUUAUGAACCUUAUCAUCUUUCACACGAAGAUGCUAGACUCUGUAGAGGAACUGAUGGUGGAAACUUCAGACCUCUCCAUAUUCUGCUUCUAUGUGCGCCUCUUGGAGAAGCUCUUUGCAGCCACUAUGGAGAAACCAUCCAUGCUGCGCUAUACGAUUGCUUUCCCAUGUCUCUGUGCUGACUUCUGCCAUGCUACCCAUCCUUUGUGUCCUGAGGAGUACCCUCAUCUGCGGAGCUGUGCCUUGGGUCUGUGCAACAACUUCCUGGAAGAGAUGGCCAAGCAGGCUUGUACUUGCAUCCUGGAUGUUUGUGCUGAGCAGCGUAACUUAAGUGAGAAGCUCUUGCCCAAGCACUGUGCUGCCACCAUCACCAAAGCCCGGAACAAAAGAUCCCAGAAAGCAUCCAAGAAAGGAGAACCAGAGAGGGAUAAACCUGGUACAGAGAGCCACCGAAAGGACCGUAGCUUGGCUACCAAUUUGGACAAGCUACAUAUCCUAUUGACUGAACUUUGCUGGAGCCUCAAUCAAGUCACCAGCUUUGUGGUCUUUGAGCAUAUAGUGACUCCAGCGGAGUAUCUCAGCAGCCAACUGGAGACUCGCCUCAGCAGGUCUUUAGUACUGCUGGCAAAGCCAAACCCAAAUUCACCAGAGUUAUCACGACCCUCUGAAGUAUUGGCUGGUGUGCAGGCCUAUGCUACUUUCCUAGUGUCAUUGAUGCAUCGCGUGGGACUGGAUACUGGGCGUCUUCUCCGUAAUGUGCUUCUGCAGCAGACUCAGCCCCUGGAUGCAAAUGGUGAACAAACUCUCACUACACUCUACACCAACUGGUACUUAGAGUCACUUCUGCGCCAAGCAAGCAUGGGAUCUAUUGUCCUUUCACCAGCAAUGCAAGCCUUUGUCAGCAUACCCAAAGAAGGGGAGCAGACCUUCAGUGCUGAAGAAUAUUCUGAUGUCUCAGAGAUGCGUGCACUAGCAGAGCUCCUUGGUCCCUAUGGAAUGAAGUUCUUAAGCGAUAACCUCAUGUGGCACAUAACUUCACAGAUGGUGGAGCUGAAGAAACUAGUCACUGAGAAUAUGGAUACACUUGUUCAAAUCCGAUCUAAUUUCUAUCAACCAGAGCAGAUGGCAGCUUUACUGCCACGCCUAACAUCUGUAGAUAAUGUACUGAAGAGGAUGACCAUCAUUGGGGAGAUUUUGUGGUUCCGGUCCAUGGGUCAGGAGGGCCUCCGAGAGGUCUUCUCCAGUCACUGCCCUUUCCUGAUGGGCCCCGUAGAGUGCCUAAAGGAAUUUGUCAACCCAGACAUGGACAUAAAGGUGACCUUGAGUAUCUUUGAACUAGCCACAGCUGCCGGGGUACCUUGUGACAUUGACCCAGCCCUUGUGUGUGCCCUUUCCAAUUUGAAGAAAGACAGCUCUUCCCCAGAGGAGGACUACAAGGCUGCUUGUCUGCUGCUGGUCUUUGUAGCUGUGUGUCUACCAAUCCUGACCAACGACCCUUCCUCAGUUUAUUCCACCGACAUAGAGGGCUAUAGCAACAAUGUCCACUGCCUAGCCAAAGCCAUCAUCCAGGUGUCAGCUGCCCUGUUCACUGUCUACAACAAGAACAUUGAGACUCAGCUCAAAGAAUUUCUGAUGCUGGCCUCUGUUAGCCUCUUGCAGCUGGGACAAGAAGCAGAUCGAAUGAAAGCUAAGAACUGGGAAUCCAUUUCACUGCUCAUGCACUUGCUUGUGGAGGAAUCAUCCUUCUUGACAACAGACAUGCUGGAGACCUGCUUCCCUUAUGUGCUGCUCCGUAAUGCUUAUCAUGAAGUCUCCAGGAGCUCUGCCAUGAACCGUCUUCCUUCACACUGACCUGCUUUCGCUUCAACCAUAAUUGAGAGGGACUUGAACCACAGUUGCCCAUCAACACAAGAAAUAUAAGGAAUAUAGGCAGGACAGAGGGGUUAAAGCAGGGCUCUCUUAUGGAUCUUAGUUAUCUGCCUAAUGGCACUCAUGCCCAUUUGAAUGUUCAGCAAACAAAAUGGACAAUGUCAUCUUGACAAGUGUGAAAGCUGGCUGUGAAGCAGGGCAGUAAGGAGCUGCAUCCUAAUUUAUAUAACACUUCCAUGAUGUUUGUCAGCCUUUCUUAGGAUGCUUUUUAGUGGAGCAGGAGCCAGAGGGGCUACCAUCUGCAUCUUUUUAAAGCAGCCAUGAUUAUUAUUUUGCCAGCCUUGGCAUCCCAGACAACCCUAGGUUUCUCAGUUCUAACAUCCCUGGCCUAAUGCUUUGCUGGAGGCCCUUACAGAAGCAAAUCCUACAACUAAUCCCAAAUAGGGGCAUGGGUGUCAUGUACAUUUUUCCUAUCUUCCUCUUGAUUCUUUCCCCAUCAAUAUCUAGAUUGUAAGCUCUUGAGGGCAGGAACCUUCCUUUGUGAGAUGUUAUCUUCUUUCUGUCAUUCUACAAACAAAGUUCCAUGAACUUAAAUAAUCAUUAUAUAACUAAUGAGCAGCAAUGAUAAGUCCUGGCAGUGAAAUUCACUCAGUUAUCUUAAUCCAUACAGGUGCUCAAAAUAUAAGCUGUUUUCACUGUCGCAUACUUUCCCUUUGAAAAAUUCUGGGAAAUGUCAACAGUGAAAAAGCAAUGAACUUCUUUAUAAAGAUUUUUACUCAAAUGGUCUCUCUAUUGUGUGUAUAGUUGUUUUUUUAUAGGUCCUCAUUUAAAUGACCAUAAGAUCAGAUGAGGCCAGGCAAAGAAAAAACAGUUACGUAUGACUGAUAGAUGUCUAUCUCUUUGAUUAACUUUAUCAUAUGUGUCUUGCUGUAGAUUACCUGAAGUUCUGCAUAUUUUUGAGAAAGCAUUUCACAUCUUCCUUUUUAACAAUCAGUUCAGUAAUAAAAAAAAGUAUCUCAUUUGUUUUGUGUUUAACUACACCUGACUUGAAAAUAAAGUCAUUGCUUCUAAGA